AUGGGGGAAGUCGAGGCAGCUGGCACCCCCUCUGGCGUCGCAGUCUGCCGGCUGCUCUUGCUGCGGCUGUUGCGCAGUGGGUAUUCUGCAGCGGAGGCUGCGGCAGCCCUCAAGGAGGACCAGCUGCUACAAGAACAACAGCAGCAAGAGCUAACUCAUGCCCUUGCAGAACUGCUGGACGAGUGCUUACAGCGGAAAGCAGCAGACGCUGAUGCUCCCCCCAGGUCGACAGCAGCAGCAAAAGCGGAAUCCCAGCAGCCACAGCAGCAGCAGCGAGAAGAACAGAGAGAUCUAGAGAACGAAAAGCCUGCACAGCAGCAGCAGGAGCUGCAGCUGGAGGAAGGAAAUGCGGAGGACGGCCAGCAGUCGCCUCCCGCCAAACGGGCCCGUACUGAACCUCCUCCAGCUAGCGGCUGUGGAGAUACAGCAGCGUCAGGGGGACUGCAGCGGCUAUCGAGUGGGGGCGUUCUGUUGCAAGAAAUGCUCUCCCUUUUGGUAUCCAUGCUGCAAUGCAUCCCUUCGGUGCCGGAGGCCAUAAAGUGUGCCGAGUCUGCUGCAGCAGCAAGCAGCUGCAUGCGCCUGUGCUUCUCCAACCUCUCGGGUGUACAGGCAGCAGCAGCGUCCGAAGCGGAGGUCUUUAGCAGCACCGGCGAGUGGCAGGCGCUGAUGGAUCAACGGGUUGCAGCCUUUUGCCAACUCCUUGCGUUUUGCCGUCGUUCUGCAGCUGCUGCCGCAGUGGGAUCAGAGGAUGAAAUCCUAUGGAAGCAGUGCAGCAAGCAGCUGCUAUUGCUGCGGCAGUGGUCUCGUUUCUUUGCUGCAGCACAGUCAGAACGAGAGGCUCUUACAAACCGAAUCGCGGCCAGCAGCUAUCUUCAGGACCUGCCAUCCAUCCUGGGAGACAGCAGCAGCAACAACAGCAGCAGCACAGUCGAGGAAGCGCUAAGUCGUGCCCUCUCGCUGUUGCGGCAGAACAUGCCUCUCAUAGGCAGCAACCGCCAGAACGCAGCUGCCGCUGCACGUGAAGCUGAAGCCAAGCUGCAGGCAGCGGCAGAAAGGUGGAGGGCAGAGCAGAUUCGACGUCAACAGCAGCAGCAGGAGUUGCUGCGGCGGAGUGCCUUUUCUAGGGCUUGUGUCGCUUUCGUGCUGCAGCGGCAGCAGGAGCAGAAGCAGGCGGCUGCAGCCGCUGCAGCAGCGCCUCUUGGAACGACUGCAGCAUCUGCUGCUGCUGCUCGCAGCCGAGCUAUCGGGCACCCCUUCUACCUGAUAGGCGUCAAUCCACACACGGCAACCGAAGCCGUGGUUGCGGCGGCAAGGAAGAAAUGGAGGGCCUUGUUGCAUCCUGACAAAUUCCAUCACUCUCAGGAGGUGUCUUUGCAACAGCAAGCCACGGAGGCAUUUAAAGCAUAUGAGGAGGCUUGCGUAGAAGCGUUGCGCAUGCUUCGUUCUCGCACGAUGGAUAUCCUGUGGACGGCGCCUCCCCCGCCACCAAGUGUAGAAACUGCAACAGCAGCAGCAGCUACAACAGCAGCAGCAGCAGCAUCGGGAACGGCGGCAACAGGGCUAGCGGCAGGUGCCCCCGCUGCUACGGCAGCAUCUGGAAGCGCCUCUUCGGUUGCGGGCAGUGGCAACAGCAAUCAGACCACCAACAGCAACAACACGGUGCAGAUACCGAACACCCUCUACAUGCCAGAUGCUACAGUAGAGGUACUACUUCGCCGGAAGGCGACAGGGGCUUUCCGAGUGUAUGUGCAGGCUGCGUCUGCUGCUGUAGCCGCCCCCGAGGACGGUGCGGAUGCCGCUGCUGCAGCGGCGGCAGCAUCCGCCUUCCGCUGCAUCACGAAAGUUUGGGUGUAUGUACACCGCCCGGUAAGGGGGGGCCCCCCCGUAGCGCUGCAGCCAGAUGCGGGCAACCUGAGUUGUGUAAUGCACAAAGAGGUGCUGCUGUCUGCAGCAGCAGACGAGGCAGCUGCAGCAGCAGGCCGCAGCAGCAGCAACGAGAUCUACCUUGACAUUCCGGCGGUCCAGCCCCUGGUCUUAGAGAAACAGCAGCGGUAUUGGGUAGGCGUUCAAGUGCAGAGCAGAAAAAAGCAUAUCUCUCUCAUCAGCUGGCUGCCGUUGCACGUCACUGUUUGCGUCCCACCACUGCCUCAGUUGCAGCAGCUGCAUCAGGAGGAAGAGGGCAGUCUUUUUAGCGAGGACGAAGACAAGAAGAAGCACAAGCGAAGGCAGGCAACUAGGCCGCAUGAAGUGUUGAGCACUGCAGCUAAAUCGGCGCUGGCUUUGCUGCAAACCUUCAACAGUGCCCCCUUCCUUUCGUCUCCUCUGCAGCAGCAGCUGCAGCAACAGCUGCAUAAGUUGCAGCAACACAUAGCCGCUGCAGCAGAUGGGCAUCAAAAGACAGCGCUUAAGAGCUGCCGGCUGGCAGUCACAGAGGCUAGAGAGUUACUGCAACAAUGCAUGCAGCAGGCAGAAGCCUGGGUAGACACAACCACGGACUGA